UAGACCGAGGAGAAGUUAGUUUAAUGUUUGACAUUCGUCGGGUUUCGCGGAUGUUAACGUUACGUUCAAUAGAUACAAUGUCAAACAUCAAACUAACUUCACCCCGGUGUGAGUUAGCUGCUUAUACGGGUGGUGUGUUAAAAUACGCUUAUCUUAGUAAAGCUUGGUUCAAGGUAAAAUUGGUAAUCAAUACAUUGAAUUUUGUUUUACCUUAAUUUGGUCGUGAAUAUAACGUUAAUGCUCAAAAGAAAGUUCUACCUGUUAGACCUUGGCUUGAUAUAGCUAGCUAGCUAGCUAGCUAGGUUACGUCCGUGGUUUGAUUCAACCCCCCCCCCCUAUAUUUCAUUAGUUAGGCUAGCUAGAUAGCUAGUUCAAUUCAUUUUUGACUGUGUUUUCUAGCAGACAGUGACGUUAGAAGAAAAUCAAUAUAAUCAGUUUGCUGUAGGACUGAUACUAGCUAACGACUUUAGUGAUUAAACCAUCGAUUAUUUCUCCAGGUUUGAUAUUAACCCUAUUGAACCCCAUGAGACACACACUCUUAUCCAGCUGUAGAGCCUCAACUAUUAGUCGACUAAUUGACAGAAAAAUAAAUCGGCAACUAUUUUGUUAAGCGAUUAACGUUAGUCGUUAAAGUAAUUUUUCAGCAGUUUAAAAUCCAAAAAAUAUUCAAAGAUAUCAAAUAUAGAAAAGUUGCAAAUUCUCAUGUAGAAGCUACAGAUAGUUUGGUAUUUUAGUGACCGAAAACAAUUAUUUGAAAGUAAUAGUCACAUGAUUGUUUGUUUACUAGUUGGAAAUAGACUACUCAAGUAAUAGGCCAAUUGAUUCAGUUCUACUUAAGUUAGGGCUUAUUUAUAGUUUAGUUGACGAUUAAUUGUCAUAAAAAUAAUUGCAAUUAACGAUUUAAUUGUCUUUUUCUGUUAAUUUUAUGCCACAGAGUGGUGCGUUUGUGUUUGGCUUUGCAACUAGGCCUAAAUCCAUUCUUUUAAUGUCAAUGGAUGCUCCUAGAUAUUAUGCAAAUGUUGGCAAAGGAGUGUCAAUUCAUCUUCAAAUAGUUGGCUCAAACAAUGUUUAACUUUUUGCUCUGCUGCACAGAUUUAUUUUAAAUAGCUUGUUCUACAACUGUUGUAUGGGCUAACCUAGUCUAUCCUUCGCAUUCCACUUCCCGGAUUGCUCAGGUGCAGGAAAUUCCGCCGCAUGCUUUUAUUUUCAGUUUCCUUCCGCUUUCUUUACGUUGGAAUUUUUAUUUCGGUGGACUUAUGAGGACUAUUGUUGACUGCUCCUCCGAUCUCUGCAAGAAUGGAGAACUCAAAGACCAGUCUGUCAUCGGAGCCCCUGGGAGUGCAGGAUAUGGUGCGACCCUCAGCGCCCCCCGGUGAGCUGUCCGAGUCAGCCAGGCCCUCCAAACCCCGAGAGCACCCACCCAAGUCACCAAGGAGACGGCGUAAAGGGACGAGGUCGCAGCGACGGGGGGGUGAUCAUGAACAGCUGCACUGGGAAGUCGAGCGGCAGAGGUUGCCAGGCCAACACGAGCACUUGGAGCCCUCUGGCUCAACGAGCGACACAGCGGAAAGCUCUCCUAAGAGGAGAGCCCACUUUCUACAUGGACCUUAUCCAGCCACUCACUUCGGACCCAAAGCCUGUAUUCUUCCCAACCCAACUUCAGUCAUGCAUAUCCAGGACCCAGCCAGCCAGCGGCUCACCUGGAAUAAACCACCUGUCAACGUGCUUGUCAUCAGGAAAAUCCGAGAUGAAAGCCUCGUCGAGCCUUUCAAAGAGAUCUGCAGGUUUCUAGUGGAGGAGAAGCAGAUGAUGGUGUACGUGGAACGCCGGGUUGCAGAUGAUGCUACGCUGUCAAAGGACGAGGCGUUUGGCUCCAUCCGCAAUCAGCUCUGCACUUUCCGAGAGGGUUAUGAUGAUAUCUCUGACUGCAUAGACCUGAUCAUCUGUCUGGGUGGAGAUGGGACUCUGCUCUACGCCUCCUCUCUCUUCCAGGGCAGCGUCCCUCCGGUUAUGGCGUUUCACCUCGGCUCUCUGGGUUUCUUGACGCCCUUCAAAUUUGAGUCAUACAAGACCGAAGUGGCCAAAGUGUUUGAAGGCAAUGCAGCCAUCACUCUGCGCAGUCGUCUUAAGGUGAAGGUGGUGAAGGACAUGCUUCAGAGAACAGGCCAGGAGUCGUACAGCAGAGAGCCACAGCAGCUGCAGCAGGAACACAACGGACUCCUUCCUCAUGGACACACCAACAGCGAGGCCGGCAAGGUCACCCUGCAGCUACAGGUGUUGAAUGAGGUGGUGGUGGACCGAGGCCCAUCCUCCUACCUGUCCAAUGUGGACUUGUACCUCGAUGGACGGCUCAUCACCUCAGUGCAGGGAGACGGUGUCAUUGUGUCCACACCUACAGGCAGCACAGCAUAUGCAGCUGCAGCAGGAGCCUCCAUGAUCCACCCCAAUGUACCCGCCAUCAUGGUCACACCCAUCUGCCCCCACUCGCUCUCCUUCAGGCCCAUCGUGGUCCCUGCUGGGGUGGAGCUAAUGAUCACCUUGUCCCCUGAUGCCAGGAACACGGCCUGGGUGUCCUUUGAUGGCAGGAAAAGACAGGAGAUCCAGCAUGGAGACUGCAUCAAGAUUACUACAUCUUGUUACCCAGUGCCCUCUAUCUGUUGCCAUGACCUGGUGUAUGACUGGUUUGAAAGCCUGGCUCAGUGUUUGCACUGGAACGUACGCAAGAGGCAAGAGCGGCUGGCGGACAUCUCGGACUCGUCAGACACCGAAAACUGA